AUGAGAAAUGAUGGUCUAGAAACACCACUCCAUAUUGCUUGUUAUUAUAAUUCAAUCAAUGUUGUCAAAUUUCUUCUUACGUUUAAUGAAAUUGAUAUUAAUGCACAAGAUAUAUGUGGAGAUACUCCUCUUCAUAAAGCAUGCAAUUAUAAUAAUGAAGAAAUUGUUAAAAUUCUCAUCAGAUUAAGAGGUAUUAAUAUUAACAUAAAGAAUAAUCAAGGUAAAAUCCCUAUUAAAAUGACUAGCAAUGAAAGAAUUCAUAAUCUACUUAUUAAAAAAUGA